AUGACUAAAUAUCAGACGGGAUUCUUGGAAAUUGUGGAUUGGGUCCGAAAGUUUUUCAAGUGUGAACCGACGGAAAUAAAAAUUGGAACCGGAUGUAUCACAAAUUACGACGAAAUUCUUCACUGGGAACCAUUGUUGAAUACACCAAAUUUGGUUAUCAAGGAAUGUAACCAAUCACAGUUUAUCCUAGAAAUGUUGGAGAAAAGACACGAGAAGAAAUUGCGUACCCACAUUCGCCUUGUGGACAUUUCCCAUCCUCGAUCCAUAUCCAUCGAGAGUCUAUCCUACAGCGAAUAUAUCAGAAACUUCCUUAUACAAGGAAAUUCGGAGUUCCUGGUUCUCCGUGCUGCAAUUCCAGACUGGCCCAGGGAUCAAGUCAAUGCAUUCGGGACCGAUUUGAAUUUGGAACAUUUCGACAUUAAUCCAAAUCGGACCCAUGCACCGCAAGUUGACUUCUUUGAGUUGCAAAAUGAUAUUAGAAUGUUCCAAAUGAGAAAAAACGACACAUCGGUGCUUGUGUUUCACUUUUCUCAAGACACGCUGGGGUUCGAUAAAAUGGCCAUUACCGUGUGGUUUUGA